AUGGCACAGCAACCCGCUCCUGGCCGCCCCGGGGCUUUCAACAUGAACGGCAUGGCGAACGCGCUUCCUCAAGCUUCCAUGAGACACGGGCAAUAUUUGCCUGCUGGCCAGCAGCAACACCAACAGCAGCAACGAUUCAGCCCUGCGGCGUCCUCACCGUCCAUGAUGCCCCAAAUGCCUCAAAUGGCUCCCCAGUAUCCCGGCCAAGCAGCAAUGCCGAUGGGCAACCCGCACUACUACAUGCCUCAGCACCAUCAAAUGCAGCAUUACUAUGCGAGUCAACUGUCCCCGACGCAGCAGCAGGCUCGACCAAACAUGGGCUUCUACCCGAACCAGAUGGUCAUGAACCAUCCGCAGAACAGCCACAUACCCCAAGGAUACUACUAUCCGUCGGGUCCCUACCCGAACCAGGGGCAGGCCAUGCCUAACCACAUGGUCGCGGCGCAGUACCUUUCGACAACGAACACUGCACACGCCGAUCCGAGAAUUGUGCCGCCCAUCAAUGGCGUUGAUCAAUCUAAUGUCAACGUCUCUCCAAACCACAAACUCGGCGGUCAGUCAACUCCGAAAGACUCGCAAUUGCGUCUUGGUGCUCACAUUUGCAUAGAGGAUGGAGAGGGAAGAUCUGGCAUCGUUCGAGGGCCACCGAGAAAGCCGCGACAAAGCGGCCAUGCGAUUUGGAUCGGAAAUCUGCCGCCCCAGACAGACCUCAUGAGCCUGGUACACCACGUCUGCAAGGAAGCGAAUGGACUCGAAUCCUUGUUUUUAAUCUCAAAGAGCAACUGCGCUUUCGCUAACUUUAAGGACGAAACAACAUGCGUUACGGCGCAGCAGAAACUCCACGAUUCGAAAUUCCAGUCUGUCCGGUUGGUCAGUAGACUCAGGAAGAGCACGGUAGAAGGCGCGACUGGGGUAACGGCACCGACAGGUCCAUCGGCGUCAUCGGGAUCCCAGACUCCGCACGAUGUUCCUGUGAAGCCGACAGUGGUAGAAGCCUCGACUGAAGCGGCAGCUCCUGAGGCGGCCGAGACCAAACCGGCUACAUCAGUCGAUGCAGCACCUCAAAAGGACAAGUUCUUCGUUCUGAAGAGUCUGACUGUCGAGGACCUAGAGCUAAGCGUGAGGACUGGUAUCUGGGCCACCCAAUCCCACAAUGAGGAGACUCUGAACGGGGCUUUCCAGUCUGUGGACAAUGUAUACCUUGUGUUCUCUGCAAACAAGUCAGGAGAGUAUUUCGGUUACGCGAGGAUGACAUCGUCUAUCAAUGAAGACCCGGCGGCCGCGAUCGAGUUCGCUCCGAAGGCACAGUCUGCGAACGAUACCGACCUACCGAAGGCCAUCCCAACCGAAGCCACCGAUUAUGCGCCGAAGGGCAGGAUCAUCGACGACUCGGCCAGGGGAACAAUCUUUUGGGAAGCAGAGCGCGAAGAUGGUGAGAGCGGCGACGAAGAGGAGGAGCAAAGCGACGUGAGCAGCAGAAAGAGUUGGAAUCAGGAAGGAGAUGGCACGACCAAUAAGGCAUGGGGCAAGCCGUUCAAGCUGGAAUGGUUGUCGACCGCGCGAUUGCCCUUUUAUCGGACACGUGGGCUCCGGAACCCGUGGAACUCGAACCGAGAAGUAAAGAUUGCGCGGGACGGUACGGAGUUGGAGCCAUCCGUUGGACGAAGACUAAUUGGUCUGUUCAAUCGUGUGCAGAGCCCUCCGAACCCCGGGGCAGUACCAGCUGCCAUGCGACCUGGGAUGGCGAUGAUUGCAGGAUAUCCGCCCAUGAGGCCGCAGUUCCAGCAGUGA